AUGUCUCCCCCAGGGGGAGAUCGGGGUGAAUGGGAAGCGUCAUCACAGAUGACAGAGGACGCACUAUCAAUAGCGGCCUCCUGGUGCGAGGUCCCCUUCCCCACCGAGAUGGAGGAAGGAGAGGAGCCUGCACUCUCUGCUGAGACAAAGCCCAGCACCGAAGUUGCCUCGGAAGCUAGUCUGUGCCUGCAUUUGAGCGCUACCGUGCUGAAGCAAACGUCUCAGCUUGCUUCUUUAGAGGGCAGAGAGAAGAUCAGCUUGGCAGGGUUUUCCCCGGUCGACUCCACCACUGCAGCCUUAGUCAAGGCCCCACUGGUGGGGGGUUUGCCCAAGGACCCUGUGUGCCCAAACCAGCAGUGCAGGGUUAUGGGGAUACACUUGAGGAGGGCAUAUGCAGCGGAGGCACAAGUAAGCCGCUUGGCUAACACAGCGGGCAUACUAACAGCCUACACGGAAGGCAUCGUCAGGGAAGCACCGAUCCCAGAUCCGGUGCCUUCCAAGUUGCGUCUCAUCUCUGGCACGCUGCUCCAGAUCUCUGGCCUUCAAGAAAGCCUUGGUCUGGGUACAGGAAAUGCAAUGGACAACUCCUCGUUUGAUACAACUUUUAUAUUUACUGCAUAUGGUAAACUGGACAGCUUCAGGCCCUUGUAUUUUGUUGUCAUUCUCUUGGUAUACCUUAUUACAAUUUUUGUUAACGUUUUUCUUAUGAUAGUAAUAUAUAAGGAAACAAGUCUCCACAAACCUAUGUAUAUAUUUGUAUUGCAUUUAGCUCUAAAUGGAGUUUAUGGGAGCUCAGCUUUCUAUCCUAAGGUAAUGGCUAAUCUUCUAUCAGAUGUUCAAGAGAGUUCCCAUUUUGGUUGUUUAGUGCAAGCCUUUUGUAUAAGCUCCUAUGCAGCUUGUGCAUAUGCAGUCCUUGCUGUAAUGGCUUAUGAUAGGUAUAUAUCAAUUUGCAACCCAUUGCGGUACUACAGUAUCCUAACUCCUUCUAAAGUAAACACACUCUUGAGCGUUGCAUACCUCCUUCCUAUUUUGCUUCUGUCUAUACAUAUUUUGUUAAUAGCAAGACUGCCGUUGUGUGGAUUCUCAAUACAUAAACUACUUUGUGACAACUGGACUGUAGCCAGACUCUCUUGUGUAGAUACUAAAGUUAUUAAUAUUUUUGGUCUGUUUCUCACUACAGCUUUAGUUAUUUUCCCAUUCCUUCUCGUUGUAUACUCAUACAUCAGAAUACUAUCUGUGAGCCUGAAUGCUUCAAAGGAAGCACAAGGUAAGGCUCUGAGCACAUGCACUCCUCAUUUAAUCACAUUUAUCAAUUUUUCUAUUGCUUCUCUAUUCUCAAUAAUGUACAAUCGCUUUGGCAAUAGCCUUCCAAUAAGUCUGCAUAUAAUGAUGUUAAUUCUUUUUGUUGUAAUCCCUCCUCUUCUAAACCCAAUCAUUUAUGGAAUUAGAACGAGAGAAAUCAGGCAAUGUAUAAUAAAAAUACUCAGACAAAGGCAAAGCAAUGUUAAAACAGGGGUCUUAACUGCUGCUGAUACACAGGUGGCCACAGUGGUUGUACCAAGGAUUUAA